AUGUGUGAACUCUCGACGUCCACAUCUUCGUCUCCUCGACUCAAACGUACCACAGAGCCACAGAGAGAGAGAGAUAGAGAGAGGAUAUAUACCAGAGCCAUAGCUUUUUCUCCAUCCAAUGCUCCUUCAACCAUGGCCAAGCCCCUCUGCAACUUCCACCCUCCUCUCCUCUCCUCCUUCCGCCACAAACAACCUCUCAUCACAAUAACCCAUCGCAAACUCCGCCAUUUCACCUCCGCAACCCGAACCACCACCCCCAACCCUCGCCUUUCUCUCUCCACCCAUUCCUCCAAUUCCACACGCUUCCACUUCUCUCCCCCGAAAUCGACCUCCGUCAACGGCUACGCGACCACCGAAGAGUACAAAAACGGCGCCGAAGAAGCCGAUGUCCAGCUGUCAGAGAAGCUCCGGCAACUCUUCGCGUUUCUCCGCUCGAUAUUACCGGGAGGGACUUGGUGGAGCUUCUCCGAUGAGGCAGAGAUUAGAAUCUUCGCGAAGCCGGUGACUGUUGCGCGCGCUCUCACUCGGAUGUGGGGCUUGGUUGCUCGUGACCGUUGGGUCAUGUUUGCCGCUUUCUCUGCCCUAAUUGUCGCUGCGCUUUCGGAGAUAUCCAUACCGCAUUACUUGACGGCGUCAAUCUUCACGGCGCAGAGCAGCGAAGUCGCGGUGUUCCAUCAAAACGUGCGGCUGUUGGUGCUUCUUUGUGUUGUUUCGGGAAUUUGCAGUGGUAUACGAGGAUGCUGUUUCGGCAUUGCAAAUAUGCUUCUUGUCAAGAGAAUGAGGGAAACACUAUACUCUUCGCUUCUUGUUCAGGAUACAUUCUUUUUUGACACUGAAACAGUUGGUGAUUUGACGAGUAGGCUUGGGGCAGAUUGUCAGCAAGUAUCUCGAGUUAUUGGGAAUGAUCUCAAUAUGAUAUUACGCAAUGUUCUUCAGGGGACAGGCGCGAUGAUCUAUUUACUAAUUUUGUCACGGCCUCUUGGUUUAUGCAUAUUGGCGAUAUGCUCUACUUUAGCAGCAAUUAUGCUGAUAUAUGGCCGGUACCAAAAGAAGGCAGCGAAGCUAACUCAGGAGUUCACUGCUUCUGCCAAUGAGGUUGCACAAGAGACAUUCUCUUUGGUGAGAACUGUUCGUGUUUAUGGAACAGAAGAACAAGAACUUGGAAGGUACAAACUCUGGCUGGGGAAACUAGCUGAUAUAAGUGUGCGGCAAAGUGCUGCAUAUGGUUUCUGGAACUUGAGCUUCAACGCUCUUUAUCACUCAACACAGGUCAUUGCCGUGCUGAUGGGAGGAAUGUCUAUUCUUGCUGGCCAUAUUACAGCUGAGAAACUUACAAAGUUUAUAUUGUACAGCGAGUGGCUAAUUUAUUCAACAUGGUUGGUGGGGGACAAUAUAUCCUCUCUGAUGCAAUCUGUUGGGGCAAGUGAAAAAGUGUUCCAAUUGAUGGAUCUAUUGCCCAGUGACCAAUUUAUAUCGAAAGGAUCAAAGUUGCAAAGGCUGGUUGGACAUGUUGAGUUUGUAAAUGUGUCUUUUCACUAUCCUACAAGACCAACGGUAUCUGUACUGCAAAACGUCAGCUUAUCGGUGAAACCUAAUGAAGUGGUUGCUAUUGUUGGUCUUAGUGGGAGUGGAAAAAGCACACUAGUGAAUCUUUUGCUCCGUCUUUAUGAGCCAACAAAUGGUCAGAUUUUGAUUGAUGGCUUUCCUAUACAAGGUUUAGAUGUCAUGUGGUGGAGGGAAAGAAUCGGAUUUGUUGGACAGGAACCCAAACUUUUCCGUAUGGACAUUAGCUCAAAUAUUAGAUAUGGAUGCACUAGAGAUAUAACACAGGAAGAUAUAGAAUGGGCUGCAAAGCAGGCAUAUGCACAUGAUUUCAUCUUAUCCCUGCCCAAUGGAUAUCGUACGCUUGUCGAUGACGAUUUGCUUAGUGGGGGACAAAAGCAACGAAUUGCUAUUGCCAGGGCUAUCCUUAGGGACCCAACCGUUUUGAUCCUUGAUGAAGCCACAAGCGCACUGGAUGCAGAGAGUGAACACAACGUGAAGGGUGUUCUUCGUGCUGUCAGAAGUGAUAAGACAACGAGGAGAACUGUCAUCAUUAUUGCCCACAGGCUAUCGACCAUACAAGCUGCUGACAGGAUAGUGGUAAUGGAUGCUGGUAGAAUUGUUGAGACUGGCAGUCACAGGGAGCUUCUCGUUGAUGGUGGCCUCUAUGCACGACUGACGAGAAGACAAGCUGAUGCUGUGGCAUGAUCUAAGAGGAUCAUGACACCACAAGUUUAACUCGUAUUUGUUCGAUCAAUGUAUAUGAGAUGCAUCAUGGACCACGGAGGUGCAACCAAAUUUCGUACUGGUGACUCAUACAACACAUGAAAGAGAAGUCGCACUGGGUGUAAGGCUGUGAAGCAAGGUCAAUAGAUCAUGCAGCACAGAAGCUGGCUGGUGUAGUAGUGAUGCUUUGCCAUCUCCAUAAGGUAUGCAAAUGCCGCUACAAACGGAAUCUGCAACAUCGGAUUUACCUCUUUUUGGGACGUCCGAAGUAUAAUUAGAAAAAGCACAGAUGUAUGGAUUGAAUCCAGUGACCGGAAAUAGACUUGUACAUCAACUAGAAUUUGUGUAUGUACUGACCGUUGGAGUCGAGUAAAACGAACAGACAAUUAUAUCAAAUAUUUUGAGUUAUUAAUUGUGAUUUUACUA